UUAGCCUCGAUAAGUCAUAAAAUUUCAGAUAUAUUUUAAUUAUUUUUCUUAAAAUUUUUGCUGACACGUCAUCCUCUUCAUCAACCACUACCAUUCUACCAUAUUUUUUUUUUCUCUUAUCCCUUUUUCUUCUCUUUUACAUACACUUAUUUAAACCGACUCUGCUUAACGCUAACAAACAUCUUCCUGUUCUAUUUUCUUCCCCUGUUUUUCCAUCUUUUUGACCUUUAUAUCAACAAUUAUUAUUCUUCUUAAUAAAUAUAUUAGUCUCAUUCAUAUUUGGUUUGCCGUAUUUGAUCCGGUCUCGUUGAAUACUUCAAUUAAUUCAUAAUCUAUUUAAACAUCCGAAUCUCUCAGUUAAAAAUUCAUCUGCGUAAUUUGAAAGACGAAAUCUUUUUUUAAAAAAAUCAAUGGCGACGGCUAUGGGAAUGAUGAGGAAUGUUGGGGGUUAUAGUUCUGUCUCUGCUUCAUGGAUUCGUUUGAACAAUCGCGCAAACAAAAAGACGAAGAGGAGUGAGAAUGUUAAAUUUGGGGUUACUUGUGUUUAUUCACCUUCUCUGAGUGAUCCGUACAAGACCUUGAGGAUUCAACCUGAUGCUUCUGAAUCUGAAGUUAGAAAGGCUUUUAGACAGCUUGCUCUUCAGUACCACCCGGAUGUAUGCAGAGGAAGUAAUUGCGGUAUACAAUUUCACCAAAUCAAUGAUGCAUACGAUACUGUGAUGAGUAACUUGAGAGGUGAAACAAAGAAUGCAGAAAUGGAGAUUUACGAAGAAUAUGACGAUGACGAUGAAGCCAUGAGAGGAGUGAAUGAUCCAGAUUAUGAUAUGUGGGAAGAAUGGAUGGGAUGGGAAGGAGCAGGCAUUCGGGAUUAUUCGUCUCACAUCAAUCCUUAUAUAUAAUUUUUAAAAAUAAACGUGGUAUCUGGAUUAGCUCACGUGCCCGUUUUAUGUAUUAUCUGGAUCAUAAUGUUUCUGUCAAAUACCCUAAAACCCAUCCAUCAUCUUCAAACUCAAAGAUGGUUUGAGGUUUCUGUAUAUACUCAAAGGAGGGAGUUGUAUAUUUUGUACGUAGAUGGAAUCGUUCCACCUCUGUAUUUAUCAAUUCUAAUCAUGCAAUGAUAUCAAUGGAAAAUAUUAUUAUAUA